UCCCUCUCUUCCUCUUCUUCACUAUUCGUAGUCUUCCGGUUAUGUUCCUCGCCCCGCUUCCGUUCACGACUAAAGUGCAUUGAUGGACGCCGCGCGGUAAUAGAAGCGGGAUUACAUCCCUCGCCACAAGAAUUACUGGCAGCAGGAACAGACACGUCGGCCGUCACCAUGGAAUGGGCCAUGUGCCUCCUGCUCAUCCACCCCGAAGUCCUGCACACGUCGAGGGCCGAGCUCGAUGCCAAGAUCGGCCAAGGGCGCAUGGCGGAAGAAGAAGACAUCCCCGAUCUCCCCUACCUCAACUGCAUCAUCAAUGAGACCCUCCGGCUGUACCCCGCCGGGCCACUCCUGCUGCCCCGUGAGUCUUCCCAGGACUGCACCGUCGGAGGCUACGACGUGCCUUGCGGCACGAUGCUGUUGGUGAACGCGUGGGCCAUCCACAGGGACCCUAACAUAUGGGACGAACCCGAGGAGUUCAAGCCGGAGAGGUUCCAGUGCGAGGGAGGGAAGGAGGAGGCAGGGCUUAGGAUGCUUCCGUUCGGGUCCGGGCGGCGCAAGUGCCCCGGGGAAGGCCUCGCCAUUCGACUGAUCGGCCUGGCACUCGCGACCUUGAUCCACUGUUUCGAGUGGGAGAAGCUUCCGGGGGAGGAGGUGGACAUGACUGAAGGGCAGGGGCUAUCCAUGCCCAAGGUAAAGCCAUUGGAAGUCGUGUGCACGCCACGCCGCACCAUGCUUCAUGCCCUUACACAGCUCUGAGAAUUGGCAAAGAGUAUGGCAAAUACGUUCCUCCUAUUCAAAAGCUGCUUGUGGGUUCGUUGUCUGAUACGUGUGCUUUUGUUGUUAUCCACGCUUUUGUUCGUGUUGGUUGGCGUCUUACCUGUGUUUGUGGCCUAAUUAGUAAUUUACAGGCUGAGAUAGGUAUGACCGUUACUUGUAUUAUCUUACUCCAUAUAAAUCUAGUAAUUUACAUGCA